UGUAUAUAUAAUCUAAACCACAAAAAGAAGUAAACAUCAUCUGUAUCCUACAAAAAUAAAUAUGAAAAAUCUCUCAAUCUUUCUAUGUGUGGUUAGCUUCUGCAUGAUUAGCCAUGUAUACGGCAGCAUCAGGAUUUCAAACGAACUCAAAUUCAAGAAAAAACUCUCUGUAAGCUGUUACUCCAAGGACAACCGAAUGAAGACAGAGAUAAUAGAACCAGGAGCACGAUAUGAAAAAUACUUCAACACCAACAUUUUCGGGACAACGCGUUUCAUGUGUACGUUGAGACAAGGGCCUAACUAUAGGCACACUCAGAGCUUCACAGCAUUCAAACAGGUAAGUUCCAGGGAUAAUGGAGCCUUGUGGGAUUGGAGAGCCAGAGAAAAUGGUAUCUAUUUGAAAGUGUGGGCGGGCAAACAUGAACAAGGCGGGGCCUAUAUGCAUAAGGCGUUUGAUUGGAUUUACUAGUUAAGAGACAAGCUUAUACACAUAUUAAAAUCAAAGUUUGUAAUGUUUUUCAUUAAUUAAUACGAGAGAAUAAUCAUUUUUUAAACACUGAGUAAAUCACCAAUUACAUUAUAUGAAAA